GUAACGCACCCGCAACGUUUCAGCAGGCCAUGAAUAUGGCCUUUGCUGAGUUCGUUAACAAAACCCGAUUAACCCAGCCCCUGAUCAAUUUCUGCGUGAUUGUGUACAUGGAUGAUAUUUUGGUAUUUUCAAAAACACACGAGUACCACGUGGAACACAUUGAGUGGGUGUUGCAUGCACUGAGAGCUGCGGGGUUCAAAGUGGCCUUGGAAAAAAGCGAGUUCUUCUUGUCGGAGAUCUCAUUCUUGGGGUACAUCGUCACGGUCGAUGGACUAAAACCGGAUCCGAGGAAGGUGGCAGCAGUUCAAGAAGCCAAGGCGCCGGUCACACUCACCCAAGUUCGGGCUUUUCUAGGGUUGGCGUCCUAUUACCGACGCUUCAUCAAGGGGUUCGCCGGUAUAGCGAAGCCCCUCACGAACCUGCUGAAGAAAGAGGAGCAGCUGAUCUGGACGUCGGAAUGCGAAGCGGCGUUUCAGGCGUUGAAGGAGGCUCUGACAUCUGCUCCUGUGUUGACGCGCCCCGACCCAACAAGACCGUUCGCACUGUACACAGACUGGCAGCCUCAGGCGAUAUCGGCGAUGCUGACUCAGCACGGGAAGGACAGAAGGGAUCACGUCAUUGAGUAUGCGUCCAAGACGCUAAGCCAGGCGCAGGUUAAUUACGAAGCGUGCAAAGGUGAAUGCCUGGCGGUGGUGUGGGGGAUCCACCAUUUCCGACGGUAUCUUUACGGCCAGAAAUUCGUGCUGGUAACGGAUCAUCAGCCGCUACUGUCCCUACGCAACAACACGGACUACACGGGGACGCUGGGCAGGUGGGCGGUGCGUCUGCAAGACUAUGACUUCGACAUCCGCCACCGUGCCACGCGGCAGCAUGGUAACGCCGACGGAUUGACGCGCCUCCUGCUGCCCAACAAGUGUCCCGCCAACGAGCGACUCAUUCCGUGGAGGCCAGAAGUCGCGGCGACGAAACCGCACUACGGGGAGCUACACGUGCUGCGCAAGAACGACGCCUGAGUCCGGAAUGGAGGUCUCGCCGGAGAUGGCAGUCGCGAUCUC